CAACUUGACUGCCUGUUCUUUCUUCCUCCACUUCCUCCCCUCAAAUUCCCCCAGAAUCAACCUCGGAAUACAUUCACUGCUAAUUUCGAUCCUGGAUUUCGACGACAACACCACCGACGACCGCUCAAGUACAUCACCGACUACGACAGCCAUCGACUUGUGAUUGUGGCUGUGACUGUCUUUAUUGAGUCACCAGGGCUUCUGCAAAUUUGUCCAUACAAAACCCCGCUCAUUCUCGCUGAGCCGCUUUCGGAACUGGUACCGAACGAAACGUCGACCAUCGAUUGAAGGGACGACGAGGAAUUCAUAUUGUUAUUGGAGAAAAUUUUGAAAGAAAGAGUUAUUGACCUCGAUUAAACCACCGAAAUGUCAAACUUCAACGGUCGUCGCGGCCCCAAUGUGUCGCAGUAUCUUCGCGACCUCAACGCCAUCAACCGUCAGGAGACUGCCCACGAGGAGCCUUUCAACAUGGAGGAGGAUCUCGCUCUUUUCACCAACACUCAGUUCUUCGACUUUGAGACUGGUCAGAACACCGACUAUCAGGCUCAGCCUCUGAAGGUUGAUAUUGAGGCUCCUCAAAGCACCUCGCCUUCUGAUGGAAUGACCCCGGCUCCCUCAGUUGUUGGUGAUAUUAACCCCAACAGCUUUGAUUUCAUCCAGGGCGAUUUUAGCUUCCCCGACUUUACCAGCACCUACCCGUCUACUCCUUUGAACGGCUUCGCGGAUGGUGCUCAGAACUUCCCAUCUAUGCAGCCCAACGCCCCCGCGGGCUACCAGCCCGUCCAGCAACAGCAACAAGCCCCCCAUUACGGUCAGCAAGCUACUCCUCAGCCUUCAACCGAGAAGCGCGGCUCUGAGAGUGGCCCUGGUGCCGGCCGCGGAAGCCUCAAUUUUGAGGAAGCCUCCCGUCAUGCUGCCGAGGAGGACAAGCGAAGGCGCAAUACUGCUGCUAGUGCUCGCUUCCGCAUCAAGAAGAAGCAGCGUGAGCAAGCCCUUGAGAAGUCCGCCAAGGAGAUGUCCGAGAAGGUCUCCGUCCUGGAGAGCAAAGUCCAACAGCUCGAGAUGGAGAACAAGUGGCUCAAGAACCUCCUUGUUGAAAAGAACGAAGGCAAUGACGAGAUUGUCACAUUAUGGAAGGAGUUUGCUGCGUCCAAGUCUACCGACAAGUCCGAGUCAAAAGCUAAGUCCGCCGUCAAGGAGGAGACGAGGUGAUCCGACGUAUAGCGUUGGGGAAGACAAUACGGUGACAAAGACGGGCGGCGUUCUGGCUCGGAGCAUUUGGGGAAGGCAAUGUGGCGUUUAAUUCUGAUCUUUUCAACAAUUUCUGGGAUACAUGGUGCAUGAUGAUGGGGCACUGAGGCUAGCCAUCAAGGCUGCCUGGUAUGGUGCACAACCUAAAAUAUCGCGAGGUUUCGUGAGGUGACGUUCAGUGGAUGACGAUAUGAUGGAUAUACAUGGUUGUUUGAAGGCAACUGAUAGAGACCAGUCCCUGGGUUCGGAUGACAGGACAAACUGGGAGGGCUUUUUUGUUUUGCAAUGAUAUCAACGGGUAUACGAUACAUCGUUUCCGUAACUAGUUUCUUAAGGUUCAACACGUUCAAAAAGU